AGUUAGGUGGUCGCCAUGCGCAUGCUAACCACCGGCACCACCUCCUCCCUGCAGAUGGUGACAAGGUUUCAUCCCCCAUAUAUAUCCCCCUCUGACAACGGUACUACAUGCUUCGAGGCGACCAGACGAAGACUCGGAUAUCUCGAGCGAUCCCUGCGGAACGAGAAAAUGGUGGUGAAGGUGUAUGGCAAAGCUCAGGCGGUGUGCCCCCAGCGAGUAAUGCACUGCCUGGUGGAGAAGGGCGUCCCGUUCGAGCUCGUCCAUGUCGACAUCGACACCAUGGAACACAAGCGUCCUGAGUUCCUCCAGAAACAACCAUUCGGGCAGGUCCCCUACAUCGUUGACGGAGACUUGGAGCUCUUCGAGUCGCGGGCCAUCGUGCGGUAUCUGGCGGCGAAGUACGAGGACCGCGGGCCUAACCUGCUCGGCCGGACGCUGGAGGAGCGAGCGAAGGUGGACCAGUGGCUGGACGUGGAGGCCAUCAACUACAACCCCUGGGCGUUCCCCAUCGUCUUCAACCUGUUCGUGCUCCCCAUCCGUGGCCUCCCCGCGAACAAGGCGGACGCCGGCGCCGCCGUGGACAAGCUCAACAAGGUCCUGGAGGUGUACGAGAAGCAGCUGUCGAAGACCAAGUACUUGGCGGGCGACGAGUUCACGCUGGCCGACCUGACCCACAUCCCCGCCACCCGCUACAUCGUGGAGAACUGCGGCCUGUCGCACCUCUUGGACGACAAGAAGCACGUCAAGACGUGGUGGGAGGACAUCACCGGCCGGCCCGCCUGGAAAAAGGUGAUGAGCUUCGUGGAGACCGGGGGGUCGAACUACUCCCCAUAGAAACCUUGUGUCGCUCGUGUGUCUCACGAAUAAGGUUUAAGCACGCAUGUCGGUGUUGUCGUCCUUUUAAGCUUCAGCAGUACUCUCUCGGCUACGCUGUGAGAUCGUAAAUAAAGUCAAUGGGUGUCUCCGGAUCUGAA